AUGGAAGACCUUACGAGUAAGUGUGAUAACCUGUCACUCUCUGAAUGGGAAGGAAAGAAAGUAGUGCUGUCGAAGAAAAACCAGAUGCCAGGAUGUGUGUUAGCAGCAAAAUUCUUUACGAGGAGAGCACUAAAUAUUGAGGCAGUAGCACGUACGUUCCGUCCUCUCUGGCGCACAAAGGCGAGCUUCCAUAUUACCAAUGUGGGAGACAAUAUACUGCUAUUUACGUUUGAUCAGGAGGUGGAUGCUGUAAAAGUUUUACUUGGAGAGCCAUGGUCUUAUGAUAGGCAUCUAGUGGUAUUGCAACGGUUUGAUGGUCAUAAUCCGAUAAAGGAGGUUAGUUUCAGAAGGGUGAAAUUUUGGAUCCAAAUUCAUGAUUUGCCAUACAAGUUUAUGAAUCCGGAGACAGCCAUUGAAAUCGGUGAAUCAGUUGGAGAAGUGGUUAGGCCGCGAGACGAUUCCGAGAUAAGGGGCGGAACUUUUAUGCGGGUUAGAGUUUGGGUUGAUGUCUCCCGGCCUUUAUGCAGAGGAAGGAAGGUAAGUUUUGAUGAUAACUUGGAGGGUUGGGUCUCCUUUCAGUAUGAGAGAUUGCCCAAUCUAUGUUUUUGGUGUGGGAUGCUGUCACAUGAUGAUAAGGAAUGUGAAUUAUGGUUGAAAAGCAAUGGAACAUUGCAGCUGGAUCGCCAACAAUAUGGACACUGGAUUAAAGCUUCGGUAUUCAGUCCGGCCAAGAGGCUUGUUGUUGAAGUAAAGGGGUAUGAUGCUGAACCGGCCAGAGGCAUGAGUGAUAAAGCCGUGGGGGGUGAUAUGGAGGUUCCACGUAGGGGGGAUUUUCAACCUGAAGCUGCACUAAUCCAGGAAUCUCAGGUGAACCGUUUGGGCAGUAGUAGAAUGCAUGUGUUAGCCGAUCAGUCCAGGAAUGAUAGAGUGGCUGGGGAGUCAGCUGGUGUACUAUCUGAGAUACCAGGGAUUUCAAAAAUUUCACAGAAGCCAGCAGACUUUGAAGCAGUGAUUGAGGAUUUGGAUAAAGAACUUGCUGAUAGUGAGUUUCCUUCGAAUGCUUUAGUGGCUGAGGUGAUCCGUGACAUUAGAAGCAAGGAAGGGAUGGAGGAGGGUCCUGAGGAGUUGCAUGGGUCGAUGGAAAAGUUAAAGGAGUCAAACGUAAUGCAGCCUAGUGUGGAUAAGGUGGAGUUUUCGAUGGGGUGGUCUAAAGUUUCAGAGAAGAAGACAAAAAUGAAAUCAGGUCCUAGUAAACAAGUCUCUAAAGGGUCAAAUGUUUCAGCUGAGGAGGGUGGAGCUGUCCUUUCCAAAGGAAAUAAAAAAGGUACGUGGACUAGGCUUCCUUGUAAGCCCAAUAUUGAGCAGAUGCAGAUCGAGAAAGUAGAGAAUUCAGGCCCAAAAAGAAAAGCUGAGAAGGGAAGGAAUGCAGAGGAGGAUGGGAUUGUAAUUGAAAAGAAGCAAAAAGUGGAUGAGGAGACAAAAAGGCUCAGUGUCCUAUUUGCUACACAUUUGGGAUCGGCGGAGGUUGCUGGGCAACCCCGCCGGGUCCAAUGA